AUGGGAGCCCUGCUUCUUUGGUGGUAUUUUUUCUUCAUGGUGUUUUGUAAAUCAUUUGCUGAUUUAAAGGACUGCCUUGACAUCGGCCUGGUAUGCCACAUUAAUGCGGAGUGUAUGAAAACAUUUGAUGGGACCGGCAUGUGUGUGUGCAAAAGCGGAUUCAGAGGGAAUGGACUCCAGUGCAGCGACAUUAAUGAGUGUGUCAUCACUCCCAGCCAGUGCCACAGCAAGGCAACCUGCGUGAACACUCUGGGAGGCUACAACUGUCUGUGUAUAUCUGGCUACACCGGCAAUGGAUUUGCAUGUGAUGACAUCAACGAAUGCCUGUCAGAUAACGGCGGGUGUCACAGUGAUGCCAUCUGCACCAACACAAUGGGUGACAGAACCUGCAGCUGUAGACCUGGCUUCACUGGGAAUGGGUUUACUUGCAAUGACGUGAAUGAGUGCUCCAAUACAGGGAUGUGCCACUGGUAUGCAACAUGUGACAACACCCCAGGUUCCUACAUUUGCACUUGCAAUAUAGGGUUUAAGGGCAAUGGAAAUUAUCUGUGCUUGGACAUAAAUGAAUGUGCCGAAAAGCCAGGAAUCUGCUCUGCAGCCUUUGGGUAUGAAGGGUGCAAGAAUCAGCCUGGCUCUUACACGUGCACGUCUGCACCUGCUAUAGUGGCUAUAGUGGAAAUGGCUUGA